AUGAACAAUGGACAUACAAGCAGGAGAUUAGAACACGCAUUGCAAAAGCUAGAUCAUCCACAUUCAAUCGAAUGGGGGCCUUCUUCAAGAGUCACAAGCUCUUUCUUGAUUUAUACAAAAGUAAGAAUGCUGCGAUGGUACGUCGUCUCUGCUCUUUUUUAUGGUGUUGAAUCGUGGACUGUGAACAAAGAUAUGUGCAGAAAACUGAAAGCAUUUGACAUGUGGCUAUAUCGGAGAAUACUUAAGAUCCCGUGGACUGACCGAGUCACAAAUGAGGAGGUCCUCAGAAGAAUGAAUAAGGACCGAGAGGUACUGACUACCAUCAAGUCUCGAAAGUUACAAUUCUUCGGACAUAUUAUCAGAAAUGAAUCCAGAUAUGCUCUCCUUCAAGCCACCCUGCAAGGAAAAAUAUUUGGAAAGCGAGGUCCAGGAAGAAGAAGAACAUCUUGGUUAAAGAACCUCAGAAUCUGGUUCAAUAUAACAUAUGUGCAGCUUUUCCGCGCUACUGCCGAUAAGAUAAAAAUUGACAUGAUGAAGGCCAACAUUCGUAACGGAUAG